CUUUUCUUUCGAAAAGUCAAGCUCUCGUCACGAUGUUCAUGAAGUCGCUCAGUGUUAUUGCCUUGCUCACUGCAGGCGCCAACGCCCACUUCCGCCUCCUCCACCCCGGCGCCCGUGGAAACUACAAUGGCAGCCAACUCCACGAGUUCUGCGGUGGCCACACUGAGGUUACCACUAACCGAACCGAGUUCCCUCUGAGCGGUGGAGUGGUCCACGUCCGACAGGGUCAUGAGAAGUGGUAUGCCAACAUCGUCGUCUCCACCGCGCCCAACCCCAACAGCAACGAGUCCUUCGAAGCCAACGGCGAGCCCCAAUACGUCGUCUUCGAAGCCUACGAAGAGAAACCCGGCAACUUCUGCAUCCCCGUCGACUUUGCCGCUUCGGGCAUUGCGGGCCUCGAGGAGGGCGCCAACGUUACUAUCUCUGUCAACUUGUUCGAUGAUGAGAGCUCAUACUUCCAGUGCGCCGAUUUGACACUCUCAAGCACCGCCGAAGUGCCAGCCUGCGUCAACGCCACCGCUGAGCCAAGCGACGGGCACGGCACCCCCACCGGAAGCGGCGCCGCUCCCUCUGGCACCGGUGCCCCCGGCGAAGACGGUGACGAUGAGGACGAGGACGCCGGUGCCCUCUCCAACUUCAAGGGCGCUACCCUCCUCGGUGCCGCUAUGGGCCUCGUUGGUGUCGCUUUUGCUCUCUGAAUGUGAUGUGAUGUUGUGAUGUUGUGAUCGUGCUAUAGGCUGAACGAUUGUAUAUGCCUUUUGCUAUGGUUGUGUAUUAGAUACCCCACAGGAUUUUGCUAAUGCUACGUUUCACUUGUUUGUAUGU